AUGAGUUUGACACACCCAGGUGAUACUAUAUGGGGCUCACAUCUAAAGACAAUGACUCGCUUUAUUAGUAUGUUUAAUGCAAUCAUAGAUACGACCUUUCACAAGCUUUACAAAAAAAAAAAGAAUCAGGAUAUUCAGAAUGCUAUGAUGUUAUUGAAGUUGUAUAAGUACGCAUUGCAGAACACGAGAGACAAUAGUUGGGAUACUUUGUUGAGUAAGGUGACUUAUUAUCAUCACUUUUAUGUUGAUUUGUAUAGUUAUGCGAUAGAUUUAAUCUUGCAAAAGUUGAAUGAUCGUUUUUUAGAAACAACUACUAAGAUUUUUACUUGCAUUUCGUGUUUAAGUCCAAGAUAUUUAUUUGCAGCUUUUGAUGUAUGUAAAUUGGUACGUCUUGCUCAGUUAUAUCCUUUGGAUUUCAAUAAUGAAGAGCUUUUAUUACUUAAACCUCAACUUGACAAGUUUCUUAUACUCGUGAGAAUGGACGAAGAUUUCUUUAACCUCAAAAGCAUAUCUUGUAUAGCUCAGAAGUUGGUUGAAACUGGAAAUUCUAGUUAUUUUCUAUUGAUUUAUAGGCUGAUCACAUUGGUUUUGAUAUUACCUGUGGCAACUGCAAGUGUUGAAAGGGUAUUCUAUGCUAUGAAUCUAAUCAAGAAUGAUCUGCGCAACGAAAUGGGAGAUGAAUUGUUGAAUGACAGUUUGGAACUAAUUCUUGGAUUUUUAUUUAGCGAUGUCAUGCAAGAUUAUCCAUUUGGAAGGUUUUUAGAAAGCUUGGAAUCAUUAGUUUUGAGUGGAAAUGCAAAUCUUUAUGCAUGUGCUUCUAUCUCUAAUGCAGCAAUUGGAUUAGUGUUGACAAAAAAAACUUGCCCCACCCUGCCCCGCCGUGCUACCGACGAGGCCCCGCCUUGA